CGUCUCAACGGCAACGUACUCAAGGCCAUCCUCAUAGUCUUUCACCAAAUCCUCCGCCACAAACUUUGCCUUCACCUACUCAUUGGCACUACCGUCCUUCCACUCCACAAGAUACUCCAAAUUCUCACUCUUUCCUCUCCCUUUCAGAAUCUCCUGCACCUUCGUGUACCUUGGGGAUUCCACCGAGAUCCAAGAGAACCUUUGCCAUGCUGGUCCAGAUUCGUGUCGACCUUCGCUAGCAACUUCACGCAAGGCUCCGAGCUGAGUCCGACAACGAAGAGGAGCGGGGUGCGGCCGUUGAUGUCCACGACGUUGACGUCGCGGCCGUCGUCAGAUUCGAUUAAGUUUUUCAACGUGGACUCGUUGGCUUUCUUGGCGGCGGUCCACUAGGGAGUUUCGUACUCCACAACGACCAUUUAAUAAAAUGAAUUGAAGAUAAUUUAACAACUAUAUUAUCCGGUAUGAGUACUGGUAGAGAAUGAAGAGGUUCUGUUUCAAAAAAAUCAGAUAUUAUCGUGUUGAAGCAAUGUGUGACAAUACCUGGGAUAUGACAGGUCAGUGAAGUGAACAGAACUAAAGGCAUCUGGAUGCACGCUACAUGUCAUGCCUUUCAAUUAAUAUGAUUGUUCCUUUGAAAAUUUCUCCACACUCAAUCAUUACAACUCUUCUUCCUUUUCACUCCAGUGAGUAGUAUGUACAAUUACAGGAGUUCUUAUAAAUUUACUUAUAGUGGCUUCUAUUUUAACGGAUAGAAAAAAAGUCACCCUCUCUCUCUCUCUAACUCAACUCUACUCAUGGCCGUUUUUCUUUCGCCCAUCCCUCCCAAUCCCAAACCACCUUUCUCUCUCUCUCCCCUCUAAACUGAAUUUCCAUAUUCUCUUUCUGAACUUCUUCUCCUUGUUGUUGUGCGUCUCUCUCUCUCUCUCUCUCUGUUGUUCUUUUUCCAUGGAGUCGGCGACGAUUGCUGGCUUCCCUCGUCAAACCCUAAUUCGGGCGUGAAAGGCGUGCGAGGCAACCUCAUCGGUGGAGAAUGGAGAUUGUGACCGGAGAUCGGUACCUGGAGAAGCUGGUGCAGUUCGUGGAGAACCAGGCGGGUCCUCUGAUCGAAGGAGCCUUGGUGUUGAAGCUAAAUCCGGCGGGUCUCCACUACGUGCAAUCCCGGCUGGAGGCGCUGCACGAGCUCGAAAGCCUCCUCGCCGGCGCUCCGGUGGACUACCUCCGAGCCUACGUGUCGGACCUCGGCGACCACCGCGCCCUGGAGCAGCUCCGGCGGAUCCUGCGCCUCCUCACAUCGCUGAAAAUCGUUUCGGUUCUGCCUCAUCCCAUCAGGGACCCCACGCCCUUGUCCUUCUUGCCGUUUGGGCGCUUGAAGGUUCUGGAGCUCAGGGGUUGCGACUUGUCAACUUCCGCCGCCAAAGGCUUGCUCGAGCUCAGGCACACACUCGAGAAGAUCAUUUGCCACAACUCUACCGAUGCUCUGCGGCAUGUGUUUGCUAGCAGGAUAACGGAGGUGAAGAAUUCUCCGCAGUGGAACCGCUUGUCGUUUGUGUCAUGUGCGUGUAAUGGCUUGGUUCUCAUGGACGAGUCUCUGCAGCUUCUUCCUGCGGUUGAAACGCUUGACCUUAGCAGGAACAAGUUUGCAAAGGUAGAUAAUCUGCAUAAGUGUACCAAAUUGAAGCAUUUGGACCUUGGUUUCAAUCACUUGAGAACAUUUGCACCCUUCACCCAGGUUUCCUGUCAUAUUGUUAAACUAGUUUUGAGGAACAAUGCUCUAACUACUUUGCAUGGGAUUGAGAAUUUGAAGUCACUUGAAGGACUUGAUGUUUCCUACAAUAUUAUUUCCAAUUUUUCAGAGCUAGAGUUUGUUGCAGGGCUUCCAUAUCUUCAAAGCUUGUGGUUGGAAGGAAAUCCUUUGUGUUGUGCUCGAUGGUAUAGAGCACAAGUAUUCAGCUUCUUUGCCUAUCCAGAAAGGUUGAAGUUAGACGAGAAAGAAAUUAACACUAGUGAUUUUUGGAAGAGACAAAUAAUUAUUGCCAGUAUGCAUAAGCGACCUGCCAGUUUUGGGAUUUAUGUGCCUGCAAAGGAUGAAGCUGUCAUUGAAGGUGGCAAUAUCAGAAGGAGAAAGGUCUCUCGUCUUGUCAGUAUAAAAAAUGAAGAGACCACUAGCAUAUGUUCUGACGAGGACUUUGUCUCUUGUGCAAAUGAUAUUCAAAAUAGAGAGGAUCCUGAUUUAUCUGACAAUGAAGCUGAAAUGGUAGAUUUGAUAAAUAGAGUUGAGCAUAUGAAGAAAGAGCGCUCUAUUCAUUGGUUGAGGGAAUUUAAAGACUGGAUGGAUAUUGCUUCUGACAAAUCAGUAGAAACUAGAAAGGAAGGCAGCACUUCCCUGCAUCAUCAGAAAGAAAAUUACAUCAGAAAGAAGACAAAUCAGGAGCAGUCUGGUGACAUCUCAAGAUAUGCUUCAGACUCAGUUCUAGCCUCGGGAGAUGACAGUAGCAUGAAUAUUUUAGAAUCUGAUAGUUCUUUUGUAGAUAUGUCAGCUAGUUAUCAUAGACAACAGCACUUUGACUAUAGAGGUUUGCUUGGUAAUGCUAGUGGGGCUUCACAUUUUGACUCAGGAGGAGUGGACAUGGAGCGCCUUAAAUCCUCACUUGAGGGAAUUAGUAGUUCUCUCUCACAAAAUAGAAGUUCCCAUUCUGACACCGUUACCACCCAAGGAACACAAAGAAUGACUGAAAAUGUCAACUUCUCACCAUUGAGUACCAUUCAUGAUAUAUCUGGGUCUCAGUCAUCAUCUGCUUGCCCCACGUCUCCUCCUCAUUUUCAAGAAGACCUUCUUCAUCGCCGGCAACACUUGGUGGAGGAAAUUUUGCAGCUGUCGGCAGAUUCCUUUUCAGUGGUAUCUUUUGAUAGUAACACAAGCUGUAGUGAUGUUGAUUGCAGUGAAUUUGAGUUGUCAGUGCCUAAAGUUGAUAAUUUCCCAUGCAAAUAUUAUAUGAAUGGAAGUGUUGAUGGUCAUUUAUCUCAAAAUCAGCUCAAGGAAAAGUUUUACAACCCAAGACAAGGAAUUCUUCAUGCAAGAGAAAAUGGAAAUUCUUUAUCUAGUUCUACCUGUGACCCAACUUCUAAGCAGCAUUCAAUUGAUUUUGCUGCUGGUGCUGACAAUGCUGAGAGUGCAUUUUGUGCUAACCAGGACACUGGUUUGUUGGAGAAUAGAAAAAUUAGAAAAAAAGCCAAGAGAAUUAUUUCAAUAUUAGAAGAGAAUUUAGAUGUUGAUGCAUCUGAUCAUACACAAGAACAGACAAGUCAAGGACAGAUUUCUCCAAAUUUAAAACAAGUAUUGGACAUUGAUGAUUCUACUGAAUUUUCUGGGCACCAUUACUCUACCCAAGAGAAUGAUGAUUUGAUUGUGACAUAUUUCAAUACAAGUAUUGCUGAUUCUGAAGCCAGUGAGGUCUGUAGUCAUUGUAUGCGCUGUAAUUGUGUCCUUCAGAGGGAGACAAACUAUAUUGAAAGCGAAGUUGCAGUAUUGCUGAGCAGCCAUAAGAAGCUCUAUUUGCUACUAAUCAACAUUGCUUCUAAUGGGUCAGGAACACUUUUGAGUGUUUUGAGUUGCCACAAGAUUGAAGAAGUUUGUGAGGUGCUAGUAGGAAUGGGACUUCAGGUGUUAAGGGUAAAUUUUGAGAAUGGGGAAACGUAUCUUUUUGUAACAAGAAGCAUUGAGAAAUCAAGAGAACUACUAUGUACCAUACACGUGCUUGAUUCAUGUGGUGGAAAUGGUAGAUGCUCAAUAAGAAGUUUGGAGCAGGUCCAGGUUGAGUUGUUUGACAAUCAAAUAUGUGGUGGUUCAAAUGUGAGCAUAUAUCAGUAUGCAAUGGUGCUCCUCUUUUGUAAAAAUGGCAGUGAGGAAUCAUGGCUCUCGAGAUCACUCUUUGUGAUUGGAGGGAAUGUGCUUUUAUGCAUUGAAGAUCUUAAGCAGCUGUACUCAUUAUCAUCAGAUGCGUCUGUCUCUCCAUAUUUCAGAAUUGAUUCAUGUUGCUCCAUUGCUGACAUUACUGAGAUGGUUAUUGAGGUUGGUGGCAGCUGCUGUGUGACUUUAGGUCUGACUUGUCCAUUGGCAGAACUCCAUCCAUCUACCCAAAUGAACCUUCAAACCGUCAAUCAUGAAAAUACUGUUCCCCGGUCUCGUAAAUUGAAGCUUCAGUGGUUCUCUAAAGAUUACCUUGUGAAGUUUGUGUCAUUGUUGAAGGCAAUCCAUGAAAAAGAAACGGGGUCACCUUUGGUAGUAAGAUGUAUAUCGUAAAGCAUUUUUUCUGUGUUAUUUCAUAUUAAUUUCAUUCAUUUGAUUUUUGUUUUCAUAUUCUUUUCAUUUUCAAUUAGUUUGCUUGCAUGGUGUGUUGAGUUUGUAAUAGUUGUCUUCCUUAUAUUCUUUGAUUUAUAUGCACCCAGCGGCUGUUCUUUUUCUUUUCCUUUUUUUGACCAAGGUUGUUCUUUUUCUAUGUAUAGAGUUGUACAGUAUCACUACAGGUUAUUAACCUUUUUUUGUCUUGCUUCUCCCUA